GGUUCCCCGAUGGAGUUUUGCCCGACAUGCUCGAGCCUGCUGCUGGUGGAGCACGCUGGCAGGCUGAGAUACUUUUGCCCCACCUGUGCAUACAUUUUCGGCGUGGACCUCAAGGUUUGCUCUCCUGCUUUCUCUCCUCGUUCACGCCUCUUCCCUCUCAGAUCAGCAAGCCGAUCCCUCUCAAGAACAAGGAGGUUGACGACGUUAUGGGGGGAGAAGACGCAUGGAAGAAUUGCGAUCGCACACCAGUUACCUGUGCCAAGUGCAACUAUGGGCAUGCCUACUUUAUGCUGGUCCAGAUCAGAUCGGCGGACGAGCCAAGCACAGCCUUUUACAGGUGCUGCAAUCCAAACUGCUCGUUCCGGUGGAGAGAAGACUAAACUUAUUCUCA